AUGGCAGGUAACCUCUACACACCGGCAGCUGGCCUUUUGGAAACUCACGUUACAUGGACUGAUGUUCAAGAAGCGAUUCAGGAAGCAUUUGGUGAACAUGCAAUUCUAGGACCAAACAAGUCUUUGACAAAGAUAGGUGAAGGCAAUGGAUUUCUCUCUAACGUAGCUAUUGUAAGUCCUGAUUGGCAAACUGAUGAUACGGAAAAGUUACCUACCAAAUUUGUUCUCAAGUUAUGCACUUGCGUAAACAUUGUGAGGUUGGCAGAUACAAUUAGAGAAAGAUCUGGUGCUAUAGAGAGUGAGGAAAAAAUAAAAACGGAUUACCAACACUUUGCUGAUUUGACCAAGCAUUUACACAAUACGGAAGUUUACGCUUACGAUUUGUUUAAAAAGUAUAUUAAACCAACUGAGUCACUAUCUAUUCUAACUCCAUACUUCCAAAGAAAGUUCUCCGAGGAAAAUCCACUCAAAGGUUUCCUUUCUUUUGAUUUUGUAGAGAAUGUCUACCCUCGUCACUGUUAUCAUAAAAUCGAACCAUCAGACCUAUCGGAGGUUCUCCGCACAGUAGCAAAACUACAGGUAAUAUCACUUCGAACUACUCCUGUGGAACGCAAACACAUGCCAAACAUUGUACCCCGGAUGUAUUCAAGCGCUUUACGUAAAGAAAAACUUGACGAGAUAUUCCAAUCAUUUUCUUCUCUUGUUCGUGAAGAAUACCGUCAUGUCAUCCAAGAGAUCAAACAGUACGCUGACGAACUGACAGAUCUUUCUAAACUUGUCACAAUCACAGAUGAACUAGGCAUGGACCCAGUGUUUGUACAUGGUGACCUCUGGGCAUCUAACGUAAUGUGGAAAAAAACAGAAAAUGGCAUCGAAUUUCUCAAACUGAUCGAUUAUCAAGUGGCUCAUUUCGGUUGUGCCGCAGAGGAUUUUAUAAGAAUAUUCUGUUCGAGUUUAAGUGGACAAGAUUUCAUGAACUGUUGGGAAUCACUACUCGAGGAAUUCUAUACAUAUUUUAUGGAAGAGUUAGGAACCCAGAAAGCACCGUACACUCUAGAGCAAUUGAAAGAAAGUUAUGAACGGCUACUUCCGCAAUCACUCAUUGUACUUCUGCUUAUCAUUCAACCUAUAGCGGAGGCUGGGUGUAAGAACAACAAAGACGGAGAAGAUAGUUUGGAGGUUCUACAAGAUAAAAUAGAAGCAGCGUUAACGUCUAUGUUGAAGUCACUCAAAAAGUUCUACAAACACUAG